CAUUUUUUCCUUGCUGUUUUUUGUUGUUGUUGUUAAAUGUGAGUGGCAGAGUCUCUUUGACGUCACGGUUUGGAGAUUCACAGAGCUGGAAAGAGAAUCUCAUUCUUGGGAUCUUGGGAGACUGUGUGGCGACUUUGGAGUAGAAUAUGCAAAUGUAUUUUUAUUAUUUGUGGUGUCCAGAAAUGGAUGACAUCGUUAUCAGGGAAAUGCGAGAGUGAGUGUAAUGAGAUUGUGGUGACCAAUAUCACUGGGAUUGGGUUUUGGGAGUGAGUGUCAGGAAGGAGAGAAACAUAGGAGAACUACCACCCAAAACAACGCACAAAUACUGAUUCAAGUGCAUGAGUGAGUAAGAAAUACCCAUUGAGAUUAUGUAGAGAAUAUUGCAUGAUGUUAAGGAAGCAAAAAGAGAAAGACAUUCAGUUGAUUAUUUUCUGCUGAAAGGUUAAAACUGACCGAUAGCCUUUUUCCCAGAUUUAUCACAAAAUUUCAACCAGCUUAUCACGUGUACCAUUGUACCGAGGGGAAAGAAAAUACUUUAUUCUGUUAUAGGCAUCUGGAGAGAAGAAUUUUGUGAAUUCCUUCAGUCUGUGUGUGAACUUCGACGGGAAGUGAUCUAAAAUUCCUAACUUGUGACUCUCUUGCUUCCUUUUUUUCCAACAUAUACCUUCUUUUGCUUAUCUGUACAGUCUUAGCUUCAGUGCUUUCAGAGAAACAGCCAGAGAGAGAGGGAUCAUGGCCUCGUCUCACCUUAGUUAUUUAUUAUUUAUUUAUAUUUCGCAUCUUGGACUAUCGGAAGGAUUUAAUUUGUUCCAGCCAAACAGAGUGUAUGUGUACAAUUUCACAGGAAGUGUCCAAGUUGGUGCUCGUGAGGGUAACAGCCAGCACAAUGUUAAUCCAACUUGGUGGCGCAUUACAGGACUCUUUCAGCUGCAGAGAAUUGACUCUACAACUCUAGCGGCUUGGAUUACGCCACAUGGAGAAGUGAAUAUCUUCCCGCCAAAACAUGCUGACCCGAAGCGAAUGUGGAUGUCGGACGAAUUGCGGGCACCGUUUAAGAUAAUCAUUGCCAACAAUGGUGCUAUCAACUAUGUGGCCGUGAAUGCAAAGGAGAAAGCAUGGACGUCGAAUUUCAAGCGUGCUUUUGCCUCAACAUUCCAGCUGCAGGUUGAGAAGAGUGGUCUCUUCACCAUGAACGAGGGUGGUCUUCAUGGUUUCUGCAGCACUAGCUAUCUCGUUACCAAUCGCACUACACACUGGCAGGUGCGAAAAACCGUAGAUCUAAAAUCCUGCUCUCCACAUGGCAGUGCCAUCCACCAUUCAAGGAUCAAUGUACCCAAUGUACCUUGCCUUGAGAACACCGAACAGAAGGUGGUGGUCGGCAAUGAGGGAUUCUAUGAGCUGAAGCCCAAUAAGAAUUCUGGAAUUUUUGUGGCUAAAGCCACCGUCAAGGGAGUUACACUGGUGAACAUCUUUGAAUCAACGGGCUCUGCUCAGUACAUCAAUUCAGAGCUUGAGUUAAAUUUUGUAAAGGAGCGGAUGCAUCCCAAGGAGAUUUCUCUGGAUGUUGACAAAUUACUCCUUACAUCCCUUGAGUAUGUAAAUCACAAUAAAGAUCCCACAGCUGGCAGGAAUACAGCCACCGACGAUCAUCAAAUUCGUCAUGUUGUCUACCUCCUGAACUACCUCACAGAUGCCCUGGAUGCUGCUGAUCUUGACUUUGAAGAUCCCAUUGACAGUCACGUGGCGGAAACUUUUAGAGUAAUUGGUUUCAUGGAAUUCGAAGCACUGGAGAAGCUUUUCAAGGAGAUCGACAUUGGUACAUCCUAUCGACAGGAAACCAUAAGAAAUCUCUUUUUUGAGUUUGUUUCGCGCGUGGGAACACGAGCAUCGGUACUGCUAACGCGUGAUCUUGUGGUCAAAAAGAGUGUGAAACCCACAACGGCUGUGCAGCUUCUCAUGGCUCUGCCCUUCCACAUUGACGAGAUGAGCCAGGAUCUAGUGAGGGAGUGCGAGAUUCUUCUGUCUCUGGGCUCAGAUCGUCCAGAUGUGAAACAGGCUGCUGUUCUUAGCUAUGCAACUCUCAUCCAUCAUACAUUUGUGGGCGGGAAGAUGACUGUAGACGUGUUUGAGCGUUAUGUGAAGAAAUACUUUGAUCUCUUCUUCAACAGCCCGGACUAUGAGCAGCAAAUGCUCUAUCUUUUGGCUCUGAGUAAUUUAGAACUGGGAAAUGUUGUUGAAUACCUGGAGCCAAUAAUUAAGGGAGACUAUCCCCAGAAUACAGACAUUCGCUUCCUGGCCAUAUGGUCCACACUUUCCCUUGCUCAUGUGCGUCCAGAAAAGACUUAUGAGUUGUACUGGCCAAUUCUUGAAUCCCGGGAUACCCCUCUUCAGUUGAGAGUGGCGGCUCUGAUGAUGCUUCUCAUGUCCAAACCUUCCCCAGCUCGUCUCAUGAGCAUUCACGAAUUCAUGCUUAGUGACACUUGCCCGCACUUGAGGAAUUUCUACAGGACAACUAUAUUGGGCCUGAAGAAAACAACACAUCCUUGCUAUGAGAAUAUGAAAGAUAUGAUGGGCUUCUUGUCCCGCCAUCUACCACCAGAGUCAAAGAAAAAGUAUUGGACAGGAAACUACAUGGAUGGGACUGUUCAUCAAUCGGCGAUUGGAAUUGGAAUUCAAUCUCUUAUAGUUGCUGAUGAUAAAACUGAUAUCCCUGAAGUGGUAUAUCUUCGCCUGGACACAGAGUCUCUAAGGAAGUACACAGGAAAGUUUUCGGUUUUCAUCAAAAUAAGAGGAUUAGCUGAGCUAAUAGAGAAAAUUGCACUUCCCAUCGAGCAAUUUGAUGGACUCAGGAGCAUUCUCAAUGGAUUGAAAUUGCAUCCGAUUCCACAGACUCCUCUACAUUUGGAAUUUAUUCUCAACGUUGAAGGCAAAGCCGUGCUUUCGUACUACAUCAAUCAAACGACAGUUAUGAACCUCACAGAUGGAGACAUCAUUUCGCGAUUGCAGACAAUUGUCAUGGGAGAAACCCACAUAAAUAUGCAAACAAUUCGAUGGCCUUUCAUGAAUCGGUACUCCGUGCCAACGGUGCUUGGAACACCAGCUGAAGUCGUUAUAGAGAGUACCGUGGCUACAGCUCUUCGUGGUAACAUAACGUUCCCCGUUCAUUUGACCACGACAAUGAGGAACCAUCAAAUUGACAUGAGAUACUCAUCCUAUGCUACUUGCCUCUCAAGAUGCUAUAAUCCCUUCCUCAACUAUGAACACCAAGUGCAACAAGAUCAGGGUUUUCUAGGGUAUGUCCCCAUCAAUAGUGAACUUGGUCUGGACUUUAUGGGUGGAGGAGUAUCACUGAGUUUUAUUCGUCCAAAAAUGACAAACAGUGGUUUCGCUUUGAAAUCACGGAUGAGUGUAAAUAUUCGUGAAUUUUUCCUGCUCGAUAGUGACACCAGACCCUCCAAUCACUUCAUUUACACCGAAUCUGAGGACGACAGGGCAGUAUCUGUCCUGGAUUGGGAUAUUGGAGAUUUGGGAACGAAGGUACAAUUGUCUGUGGGUAUGAAGAAAAUCAUGCCAAGUAUCUUUGAAUUCACGAAUCUCUUGAUGCCGGAAAAUGGACAUAUGCCACAAAUUGCUGGACAAGCACUGCAAACGGCAAAUAUUCUGCAGGUGAUAACAACGCACCUGGGCAACUACAAAUACAUCAAAUGGCUGAUUAGGAAUGAAGAUGACAGCAAGAUACUCCUUACAAUUAAUCUCCUGCACGACCACUCAAAUUCCAAUCCGGAUUUAUUUGCUAGGAAUUUAAACAUUGAAUUGACUCACACGAAUGAUUUGGUUAAUCGCAAUGCCACAGCCUUGCAUCGAUGGAGCGCUAUGGUUAGAUUGAUGACGACAAAGAGUUCGGGAAAGCACACAAUCCAGGCUUCCCUGAAGAGAAUUUCAGAAGUCCAUGAUGCCUCGAUCUUUCGGCUCUGCCUUGAAGGUUUCUACGUGCCUUUGAUUUAUGCUCAAUCACCGGGAACAUUCAAGGCAUCAGCUACUUUUGGCCAGGUGACUGAUGCCAAAGAAAGUAGAUGUCCACAGAACAAGUCCGUGAUUUCAGUGUCAGGGUCUUUUAAUGUGGAUGAAAAUGUAAAGGAACAUUUGAAUGCCCUGGAGAAGGAUGAAAGUUGUCCCAAAGGCAUCAUAAAAUUCACACCACCCAUGUUCCUGCUGAAAUGCAAGGAUCGUUUUUCACCAUUUACGAAGAUCACUAACUUGGCUCUGCAAAUUAAACCAAAUAGGAUGCCACCGUGGUAUAAUGAGGCAAUAACAAGACUCCAGCAUCUCUACUCAUCCUUCAUGUCCUAUCCAGACACAACCACAAGGGAAUGGACCAAAGGGAUGGACGUAAAAGUGACAAUGCCCUCAAAACUUGAUCAAUCUUUCAAGGUUGAUAUCAAUGGGGCAAGCUUGGGGUCUUUGGUCCAUUUCUCCAGACUCUAUCAGAACACCAACGACAUUAAGUAUAACGAAUUGGAUACUCAACUACUCAGUUGGGGUGUUUACAAGACGUGCAGCGUAGCAAGAGGCAUUCUACAUACCUUUGAGGACAAUCAUGUGGAUUUGACCAAGUUGAUUGUGGAGCGCAAUAAGAAGCCCUGUGCUCUCCUUCUAGCCGCUGAUUGUACCCCAAAAACGAGCUUUGCUGUCUUCCUUCAACCACUCGUUGGAGUUGGACUGCCGGAAAAAUUCGCCAUAAAGUAUUUCGUUGGACAGACGACUGUGUGGUUUUCUCCUGAUGAUCCUGAGUAUGUUGUUGUAAACAGUCCAUUUGUGACGGAAGGAGAUUUGAGAAUUCCCAUUAAAAAUCUCACUUUGAAUCAAAAUCAACAUCUUACGAAGCAUUUGUGGAUUCACAUAACUCCGGAAGAUAUUUUGGAGAUAAAAGAUGGUAUUUUUUUCAAAGGCAUCCAAUUUGACCAGAAGAAUCUCCUGCAAAUAAGUACAUCGUUCAAUUUGAAGAGCAAAGUCUGUGGAUUAUGCAACCCAGAGUCAAAAUCCUCGACGGAAUCAUACAGCUACUGCUUUAAGUCAUAACACCGCUCUCUUUUGCACAUUCCUUUCUUUUAUUUCUUUUUUCUAUAAAGAGAAUCUCAAUUUUACACAAGAAAAAAAAGAAAAUUGAUUCAGAAAAGCAAAUUUGUUCUAUCAAUCGCGCCCUAGAAUUCCCGUAGUCUGUAAUGUUUUUUUUUUACAUCAAAUAAAUCUUUAUGCAGUUUGA